AUGCAAUUGAACGAAAAGGAAGUCUCCAAACGACAAACUGAAGAAGCCACUUUUGCCACCGAGCAAGAUGAUGAGAUUAUCAGUCUCCACUCUUCAGAUGCUGAGUCUAUCGGUGAGUUCCCCCAUUACUUCUCAAUGCCUAUUGUCGCCACUGCUAACGAACACUUCUUGCGGGUAGUCGAAAAUACUGCUCAAUUGAGAAUCUCAGAUCCCGAGUCUGAUGCCGAGGUAGGUACUCAACCAGAAAGAGGACACCGAAGACCCCAUGGUCAUGGUCAUGGUUAUGGUCAUGGUCACCAUGGUCCAAGACAUCAUAUGCCCGCUCCUCCUUUCGGUGGUAGGUACUCCCCGUUCCAUCCAGGAGGUCUAGGUGAACAUAUGUUCCUACCUCCUCCACCUGGUUUUGGUCCCCAUGGACAUGAACUGGGGCAUAGAUCCAGGCAUGGUCCAUACGGGCGACCGCCUCACCCGCCACCACCCUUCGAAGAUGACUUUGGGUUUGAUUCCCAUUUCUUUGGUCCUCAUCCGCAUGAUGGUCAUGAACAUGGAUAUAGACGUGGUCCAUCAGGAAGAAGACCUCCCCCACCACCAGUUCAAGAAGGGGAAUUCGACAAUCAUUUCUUUGGACCUCCUCCCCAUGGACAUGGACAUGGUCACGGUCACGGUCGAUCCGACCGCCGACGCCCUUCACCGCCACCAGGAUUUGCAGCGCAAAAUGCUGAUCAUCCUUUUGAGUCUGGUCCUCCACCCCCUCACCCUCACCACCGACAUGGUAAAGAACACAAACACAAGCACAAGCACAGGCAUGCUCGGGCUCAUUCACCACCCGGAUCAAGGUGGGAGAGACAACACCACCAUCAUAGUCAUAGAUCUCACAAGCGAGAUGAACCUGGUUAUGACCUUGAACCUCACCACAAUGAGGAGAAAAAGUCUCAGCCAGAAGGAGACAGUGAUGAGAAAGAAGAUCAACAACAGAUCGCAUCAUCAUCUUCCUCUGAGAGUACUUCGGCUUCUGAAUCUGAAUCAGACUCUAUCCCACCACCACCACCCUUCCCUCACCACCGUCACAUGAGAGGAAGAGGUGGGUUCGGCGGAAGAGGAAGAGGAAGAGGUGGUCAUUUCCCUGGUAUGCCUGAACACCACCACCACCGACGUGGACAUGGCGCAUAUGGCCCAGCUGGAAGACCUGGACCCCCUCCUGACAUGAAUGAUUUCCCUCCUCAUCAUAUGGGAUGUCAUUUCCAUCAUGGUGCAAGGGGUAGAGAUGGGUUCGGUUUUGGAUAUGGCCAUCCAGGUUUCACCGUUGCUUAA